AUGGGUGGCAAGCAACAGCCGAUGAAACCCGCAGCCGGUCUGCGUUGCCGACCGACCGAAGCGGGCGUUUCGCGUUUAUUCCAUCAGUACUGCGGUCACGAUUUGAAAUGUUUGCAAUCAAUGGAAGGGUUCAUUGCACUGAUGUAUCGUCCGGUGGAUGCAGCAGCUUUGGGAGUAGCGAGAAUGCUGUUCGGGUUGAUGAUGCUCAUCGAUAUACCAGAAGAACGCGGAGGAGGAGAUUUGGAUUUCCGUUGGGGUGAUCCGAAAGGGUGCACUUUUCCGUUGCUUCAUGGCAUGAAGCGAUUGAGCUACCCAAAGAUGGGCAUCGUCUAUUUGAUCAUGUGGCUUGGUGCUCUAGGAAUAACGUUAGGAUAUCGGUUUCGUCUUACCGGUUUAAUGUUUGUGACUAGCUACUGGUACGUGUUUUUGUUGGACAAAAGCGCCUGGAAUAACCACAGCUAUCUGUACGGUCUGCUUGGAACACUCUUCCUUUUCACCGAUGCGAACAGAUUCUUUUCUUUGGACGCAUAUCGGAAUAGUGCUUUGCAGCCUGUUGUGCCGUUUUGGAAUUACUUUAUAUUAAAAUAUCAGUUUUUUAUAUUGUACUUUUUGGCUGGACUAAAGAAAAUGUGCCCUGAAUGGCUUUCUGGAUAUGCCAUGACUAAUUUGGGUUAUCAUUGGGUGUUUACACCCUUCAGAUUAAUUAUUGGUGCCAAACUAACCGACUUCCUAAUCAUACACUGGUUCGGCUGCAUAUUCGACACAUCAGUGGUAUUCUUUUUAAUAUACGCACCAACUCGUAAAAUUGCUACGUUAUUUGCCUGCGCUUUCCACCUGAUGAAUUCACAGCUUUUUUACAUCGGAAUGUUUCCCUGGACCUGUCUGACACAGCUGCCUUUGUACUAUAGCUUCAGUUGGCCUCGAAAAUUAUGGUCUAAUCAGCGCAGCUCGACCGACCAGUUGAGCAAUUAUUGCAGUAAAAAGAAAAUGCAAAACGGAAAAUCGGUAGAGAAAAAAUCAAAAAGGGAACGAAUUGUUGUAAGCACAAUAUUUGUCUACUGUGGACUUCAGCUACUUUUGCCUUACUCACAUUUCAUAACAAAAGGUUACAAUAACUGGACUAACGGACUGUACGGAUACUCGUGGGAUAUGAUGGUUCACGCAUGGGAUACCGUUCUAAUAUCCAUAAAAGUUACGGACAAUCUCAGAAAUCAAACGUUAUAUCUCCAACCAUAUGCAUUUGUUGAUAAUGAUCGGUGGACUAAACACGCUGACAUGGCAUAUCAAUUGGCUCACUGCAUCGAUCGCAAUGUGCGUGAGGAAUAUCAAGCGAAUAAUAGAAAAUAUUCAAAUUUUUCAAUCUAUUAUGAUAUUUGGUGCAGUCUCAAUGGUCGUUUCUUACAGCGUAUAUUCAAUCCGGAAGAGAACAUAUUAGAAGCAGAAUGGUCACCAUUUAAACCAGUUGUUUGGUUACUACCUCUUUUACACGAGUUUACCGAAAUGCGAUCAAUGCUCACCGCACUGUCAGAAGAUAUUUAUUCCUGGAGUAACAGCUCGGAUGUUCUUUUUGUAGCUGAUUUUCCAGGCCUGGUUUUACAUAACUAUAUUGUUCCCGAUAUGGACAACGUGACAUUGACUGUGCUAAACGGCAGCAUAGAGUAUACUUACUCGAAUAUAUCCGAUCCCAUAGUGCUCACCAGGGGGCAAUCUUUAAGGGAUAUACCACCGACUUUCCAUCAUAUAAAAACUAUCAGUCAAACUCCAUCUUCCAUGGUUUACACGUACGUCAAUAAAACAAGGCAAAGUUUACCAAACGACGGAAAACGUUCCAAACAGGUUUCGCCUAACUGGCAUGCACUGUCCCAUAGAUAUGAAAAUUAUGUUAGGUUUUUCCAACAUAUUGGAAACUCAAUACUGUUCGAGAUUUAUGGGGUACCAAUGCCGAGGAGAGUUAGGAUCACACCUGAUGAAAGUAGUUGGAUGUCUGAGUGA